GGACAAAGGGGCCGAGGAGGCGGGGCUUGUACGUCCAUCUUUAUACUGAAGCAGAGGGACGAGAAGAAGAAGAAGAAAAAAAAAAAAAGGAAAACAGGAGUCUGGAAAUAGAUAUAUAAAGAAUAGAUUAUCGGAAGGAUAUUUAAUCGGUUUCGGAGGACAGAAACGAAUAUUGUUCCCCGGUUUUGAGGCGCAGGGACAGAAGGUAUGAAGACAGCAUCAUAGCCGAGCCAUGGCCGAUAAAAGAAAACUCCAAGGUGAAAUAGACCGGUGUUUGAAAAAAGUCGCUGAGGGGGUGGAACAGUUUGAGGACAUCUGGCAAAAGCAUCACAAUGCGGCCAACGGCAACCAGAAGGAUAAAUACGAGGCCGACCUUAAGAAGGAGAUCAAAAAGCUUCAGAGACUCCGAGACCAGAUCAAGUCAUGGGUGGCGUCCAACGAGAUCAAGGACAAGCGGCAGCUAGUGGAGAACCGGAAACUCAUAGAGACGCAAAUGGAGCGGUUUAAAGUGGUGGAGCGCGAGGCGAAGACGAAGGCGUACUCUAAAGAAGGACUGGGCUUGGCUCAGAAGGUGGAUCCGGCGCAGAAGGAGAAGGAGAAUACGGAACAGUGGCUGACGAACUCCAUAUCCACGCUGAACAUGCAGGUGGAUCAGUUCGAGAGCGAGGUCGAAUCCCUGUCCGUACAGACGAAGAAGAAAAAAGGAGACAAGGGGAAGCAGGAUCGUAUUGAAGAUCGGAAGAAGCUGAUCGAGACGCACCGGUAUCACAUCCGCAUGCUGGAGACCAUCUUACGGAUGUUGGACAACGACUCGGUCCAGGUCGACGCGAUCCACAAGAUUAAGGACGAGGUGGACUACUAUGUCGACUCCUCGCAGGAUCCCGACUACAAGGAGAACGAGUUCCUGUACGACGACCUCGACCUCGAAGAAAUCCCGAUGUUGGCCACGUCUCCGCAGGGACACAACGACGAAGAAAUGAGCACUCCGACGUCCACUACCUCGUCCUCUCCGAUCCCGCCGUCUCCCGCUACGGCUACGACCGAGAUCCCUGAAGAGGAGAAGAAGCGAGGUCGAUCUGCUGACAGCGAAGUGAGCCAGUCCCCGGUGAAAAGCAGCAAUCCCCUGUCUUCUUUUUCGUCCUCUUCCUCGUCCUCAGGCUUUUCCUCCUCUUCCACCUCGUCCCUGGUUUCCAUGGCAGCCGUCGUUGGGGGGACCGCGUCGGUUUCCGGGGGCAACACUUUCCUGGGCAGUUUCAGCAGCGCGGUCCAGCAGCAUCCGCACAGCAAGCUGUCGUCCUCGUCGUCCUCGUCGUCUUCAUCCUCCUCCUCUUCCUCAUCCUCCUCGGUGCCAUCCAGCAGCACAUCCAGCCCACCCAGCCACCCCAAUCUGCCCUCUUCUACUACCCCUUCGGUCCUGCCCACGUCUAACUCGCAGGCUCUGACGUUGGCUGUGGGCAAAGCGGGCACAGCGGUGACGAGCAGCAGUAUGCCGGGCCUGAUGCCCAGCAACAUGGCCGGGAUUAUUUCCAGCUCGAUGCCGACUCCUUACGCCCAAGCGGCAGCCGGCAGCGGACCCACGGGAAAUAACAGCGGCGCCGUUUCCACGGCAGGCGGAGCUAACGCUAACACUAAUUCUACGCAGAAUUCUAACGGGACAGUCCAGAUGGGCUCCAACGGGGGCAUUUUAGGCCUCGGACCAGCACCGUCAGCCCACCAGGGUACAGCACAGAUACCUAUCAGCCCGGUGGGAACGGUGCCAGGGGCAGGACCCAGCAUGGUCCCCGGAAACGGGGGUAGCAUGGCAUCGCCAGGGGGCAUCAUGGGUAAUGUAGCACCUGCCCGACCGCCCAGUGUGGUAAAACAGAAUGGAGGAACGAACCCUCUAGCGUACAGCGCCGUGGUGGCAGACAGCAGCUCCGACUCGUCCCUCAGCAGCACCAGCCUAUCGCAGAACAGCCAGCCGUCUUCCACCAGCUCCUCGGCCAAUCAAAUUCUGGACAACGGGCCGACCCUGCUGAGCUCAAUCACUCUGCCUCCAACGUCUCAGUCUCCUUUGUUUUCAGACAGCACCCCCGGUGGUGGGAGUUUGCUCAACGGCCCACACUCGUAUACCCCCAGCACAGAGGCCAUUAAGGCUCCUGAGCCACUGAGCUCUCUGAAGGCCAUGGCUGAGCGAGCAGCUCUAGGUUCGGGGCUGGACGGAGAAAUCCCACCACUUCAUCUGACGGAACGAGAUUUGUUUUCGGGCUCCUCGGCCGCCCCUGGCCCCCCGGUUCCACCCCAGCCUGCAGUCACAGAGGUAAAUCUCCCACCUACCUUGGGGGCGUGUCCUCUAGGCCCCUCACCCCUCACAAAGGAGCAACUUUAUCAGCAGAUCAUGCAGGAGGCAGCAUGGGCACACAUGCCCCUCCCGUCAGACUCGGAAAGGAUCAGGCAAUACGUUAUGAGGACCCCAUGCCCUCUUUUGCCCUUUCACCAUCACACUCCUCCUCACCACUGCGACAGCAUCGAGUUCUACCAGAGACUCUCCACCGAGACGCUCUUCUUCAUCUUCUAUUACCUGGAGGUGUACGAAAGCUCAGUAUCUGUCUGCGAAAGCCCUGAAGAAGCAGUCGUGGAGAUUUCACACGAAAUACAUGAUGUGGUUCCAGAGACACGAGGAACCCAAGACCAUCACGGACGAGUUCGAACAGGGAACCUACAUUUACUUCGACUACGAAAAAUGGGGCCAGAGAAAGAAGGAGGGCUUCACGUUCGAGUACAGGUACCUAGAGGACCGAGACCUGCAGUGACACACGGAUACGACGCAAAAGCAGACAGUGAGUGAGUGAGAGAGAGAAAGAAAGAAAGAAAGGAUUAUGGCGGCCGCAGCUGUCGACAUUCCAGGAGAGGAGUGCGAGACUGUGUAUGAGCGAUAGAGAUCGGGUCGAGUGCCUGUUUACACACACAUCCGUUUUGAUUUAAAGCCCCUCCCCCCCUUCGUUAGCCAACACUCGAAAGAAAAAAAAAACUCUAAAAGAUCGUCAAUACGCCGUCGAAGGAUGAGAGAGAAAAAGUCGCGCCACUGUUCGUUCGUGCUUUGACGUAACGAGAUCCUGCGGCGUUACUCGCGCACACAAACUAAUCCCACUCUAUGCAGAAAAAAGGGGCGAGGCCCAGGAUAAGCCACGCCCACCCAUCUCACCUGGAUCGUGAUCACAAAUCCACGAGUUUCCCCCAAUAACAGGGAGGGGGUCGCAUUUUACCAAGUCGCCGCAGGAUCUCGGAAUCCGUACGAUCACAAACGUGCAGAGACGCUUCCGAAUUACUAACAACAUAUCAACAAAUGUUUUAUUUUUUAAACCGAACGCUCGCAGCUUUCGUUCAGGACAGACAGAGAGACAGACAGAAGAACAAACAAAACAACAACAACAAAACAAACGAGCGGACACAUUAAAUUGCUAUGCAAUUGAACUCUUCUCGACCUGCGUCACCUAAACGGCGUUAUUACGAUGAUAAGACGAUGAUUUCUGUCCGUCCUCUCUCUCUUUUUCGAGUGUGCGCACACCCGGUCCCCGUGUCCCAUUAACGACGAUUCGAAAGAAAAAACUAACCGCUUGAUUCGUUUGAUAUUCCCCCUUUUUUUUCUGCGCUUUCUAGAUCUUCUCAGACCCGUUUCUGGUUCUUGCUUACUUUUUUAAAGCAUAAAAUACCCCUUUAAUAAGACAUUUCACUUUUCCUUUCUUUAUUUUAGAAGGGUAAACAAAACAAAGCGAGCGAAAUUCCACCCGAGGCUAAAACAAGAACGUCCAGACGAAUAAAACGAUGUAUUGUUAUUUUUAUUUGGUUUGUUUCAGCACAUGGACUGAAAGGUGCAGCUGAUUUGUGUAUUUUUUUUUUUUUUUUCCUCCUGAAAUAAGUGAUGUAUAAAUUAAUUUCAUGGCCUUUAGCGAGGCCGAGACUGGAGAGAAAAAAAAAACAAAAAAAAAAUGUACAAUUUCAAUAAAAUACUUUUACGAACCCGA